UCCAAUAUGGCCGCUAAACCGUGGAAACGGAAUAUCUGGCACUCGCGGGCUAAAACAUAAGCCUGCUAUGAAGGUUAAACCUUAUUUUAUUUCUGUUAGGACAAGAAAAAAUGUGUAGCAACAUGCAAGAUGAAUUCAGUCUUUUUGGAUAUGGAUUUAUAGCAGUUCAUGUUGGUAAUAUCUUCCUCUCUGAAAUGGUGCUGGGUACCAUUCACUCUUACAUGAAAAGGACUACAAACAGGCCUGCAGAGCUGCAUGUGCUGAGCAGAUGAUUAUUUUUCUAGGCCAUGAAAGCUAUCAAGCAAGGAUUCUCAGCUAAGGAUGUUGUGACCAAUGCAAUAACAGCUUUAGAGGAUUUUCCUUGCACCAAUGCAGGAAUUGGUUCAAAUUUAACCAAAUUAGGAACAGUGGAGUGUGAUGCAAGUAUAAUGGAUGGAAAUUCCUCAGCAUUUGGAGCUGUUGGUGCUCUUAAGGGAAUAAGGAAUCCUAUCCGGGUGGCUAAUAAACUGUUGGAGGGAGACAUGACUGGAGCAUCGCCUCUAGGUCUUAUUUCUCCAAUCUUUCUUGCUGGAGAAGGAGCUUUUCUUUGGGCAGUGAAUCAUGGUUUCAUUGCAUGUUGUGAUGAAGAUAUGAUUACAGACAGAAGUGUCCAAACAUGGAAAAGAUGCAAGUCAAGAUUAGAGUUAACUGAUGUAGAUCAUAAACCCAAGACUUUUCCACUUGAAAACCUGUGUAAUGUAUCAAAUGAGGGUAACCACAUGGAUACUGUUGGUGCAGUUUGCAUGGACAGGCAUGGACAUCUCUGUGCUGGUGUUUCCAGUGGUGGUGUUAUUUAUAAAAUACCAGGUCGUAUUGGUCAGGCAAGUAUAUAUGGCAGUGGCUGCUGGGCAACAAGUCGUCAAGUGAACAAAGUUGGAGUGGCCUGUUGUACAUCAGGUUGUGGAGAACAUUUGGUGAAGACCAUGUUGGCCAGAGAGUGUGCCAAGUUGGCUUUAACUAGGGACGCAGUCAGUGCGGUUCAGGAAGGACUCGAGGACGUGUUUUUAGGUUCACCUUUUCUUUCAUCAGUGGAGCACAAGUUAGGAGGGGUGUUGCUUCUGCGAGUGGAGGAAGGGGAGACCGCCGAUGAUUGCACGGUUGAUCUUGUUUGGGGUCACACUACAGAGAGUAUGUGUGUUGGUUACAUGACAGAACAAGAUAAGAGACCAAAGGCUCGGCUCUCCCGCAUACAGAAAGGACAACAACAUCCCGUGUUACUUGAGGGCACAGUUUACAGACCACCCCAUAGAUAGUGUCUGUAUUUACAAAAAAAAAAUCCUCGUUCGAGUGGUUCCGUCGUUUCUCGAGAUGUCAAGCAACGCAUCCGUUACGUUACAUCCCAAAGAAUGACUGCGAAGAAGAUCAGUGGGUCCGUGCAUGUCUUACGAGCUCUCUUUAGCCGAAGCUCUGACAACUCGCCAGCUAAUUCAAGCUGGUGACAUCAAGGAGGUAUUGAAUCGAAGACGAAAUGUGAAGCACGGAUCUCAUUAUUAUUUAAACGAGGAUGGGGUCAGUGAUGAUCCGAAUAAAGAACUUGGUGGAGUGGACCCUAAAAAGAGAGCUGUUGUUUAGUUCCUCAAAAUACAAAAAAGCUUUGCUAAUCUGUAAUAAACAGAGAGAUAUUCUAGAAGAUGUUUAUGUCACGUUUUCUCUAUCUGCGUCUUAGGAAAAAAAAGAAACAUCUUCCCUUAGGUACUGAGUUCAUCUUGGACAAAGAUGACUUGGCUGGAAACCAUUACUGCGUCGUAGAAAGGAACACCAUGCCAUCUUUAUGUAUAAAUUAAUUAACAACCAUUCAUGUAAUACUAUUCCUGUCACACUUAAUCGGGACUUUCAUGGUUACAACACAAGAUCGAGAAAUGACGUUCGAAAAUCUAGUGCCACAAGAAGAUGGGGUCAUUGGUCGUCAGUUAACUUUAGCGCAGAUAUAUGGAAUGGUUUAGACAUUUCACUAAGAAAUGCAAACUCACUGCCUGCCUUCAAACGUGGCCUGUCCAAAUUUAAUUUUGAAUUUUAAUUGACUUUUGCUAGUAUUACUUUUAGUUAAUACUUGGUGAUUAGUAUUUUUAAUUAGUUCUUAGAUUUAGCUUUAGUUAUUUGUUGCUAUUUGUAUUUUAUCUUUGUAUUAGUAUUUAACUUAAGAGGACCCUCCUGUAAACCACUUUUGUGACGUUGGCAUCCUCAUUUAAGAUUAUAGUAUA